CGGGUUACGACUUGGGACCAUGGGAAAAUGUGGAUCCCAGAGGGAGACCGGUUGAGAACCACAGCACUAAACAACACAGUGCUUUUUAUUUGAUUGUGUCAUUUGGUUAAGCCAUGUUGUGCCUGAGUCUAUAUGAAUUUGAACUGGAGGAUGCUGGUGUAGUGUUAGCUUCAGUUCAAUUUCGUAUUGACUCAGGUGUUACACGGCCUAACCAAACGACACAUUGUAAAACACACAAAGCGAAAUUAAACAAUAACCUUUCCACUAACUUCUUUGCUCGUCUUCUCGCUGUGGUCUUCUGUGCCUGGAUCGUAAAACACUGGUGCAUCAUCAUUAUUGGUCCCUAGCAGCUCACUACCAUUGUGGCUUUUUUUAUUUGCAUCUUUUUAUUUUCGCUGUAAGUAACUUUUUUCUUUCUUUUUUUUUUUUUUUGCAUUGCCACUUUUUUGCAUCAUUAACUUCCAUUGUGGCUUUUUUUUCUUUUGUUUUUUAAAUCUGCACUGUUUCUCUUUUUAUUUGUAGCAAGCUUCGUUUUUUUUUUUUCACUCUUUUUUUAUUUGCAUCCUUUUAAUUUUCUCAGUAAGUAACUUUUUUUUUUUUUGCAGUGCCACUUUUUUAUGUCAUUAAUUUCAGUUGCGGCUUAUUAUUAUUAUUUAUUUUAUUUUUAUUUUUUAUCUGCACCGUUUCUUUUUUUUAUUUGCAGCAGGCUUCGUUUUUUUUUUUUUUUUUUUUGUCUUUUUUUUGCAUCAGUUACCUUUUUUUUUUGCAGUCUUUUUUUAUUUGCAGCAGUGGCGGUCCUUGGCCACCGUAAGUAAGAACAUUUAUCUCAUUCAAUCCACCGAUAAUAACUUCAAAAUCAAACACUCAAAAUGUCUUUUAAAUACGAAUAUCAAUCCUUUUUUAUUACAGCUGGCUUCUCCUUAUAAUACACUGUAGGCGUGGCGGAAACCACAUGACUCCGUUUGGACCAAUCACACGCUCUAGGUGAGGACUCACCAGAUUAUGGUGCCACAGUGCUGUAGUGAGCUGUUGGUAGAAGCGGACUCUGGUACGAGGAGAGGUGACUCUUUUUCCGCUGUGUAAUUUAUCGUCCAGCAGCGGUCCCGGUACUCAGAGGAGGUGUCUCUUCUUUUAAAAAAGGUACGAAGUUUGUCUCAAUUCUUUAUUUUGACACUAACGUUAACUAGCACAGUUAGCUAGCCGCUGCUGCUGUUAGUGUGGGGCUACAGUCAGCAGCUAGCCUGUCAGGGCUUCAGUUUAGCGGAUGUGUGAUGAUGCUGCUGCAGUCCUGUCAUCAUGUCAGAGGAACAAAUCAUUUACUUAACUCCUUCAUAACUUGUUACAGACACGGACAUUUUAUGACUCGUUAAAUGGGCUUUAUAUGUUGAAUAGUUGACUCAGUAUUAGUCACCCACUCAGGAUAAGUCAACCUUACAUCAUCCUUAAACAGACUGGUAUCCUCCUAAAAAAGAAGGUGGUCAUUAUUCAUCACCACCAAUAAGCAAAGUGACCAAGCGAGUUCAGGCCACAGACUGUGGAGUGGGUGUGGUGGGUGAUACAGGGGCUUCAUUCAUGGGGCUUUUAGUAUGAGGGGAAAAGGAUUCUCGCUGUGUCUGAAGGAGUCCCCCCCCCCUUUACUGGCCCCUGUGAUGCUGCUGCUACUGCCUCAAAAUCCACCCUCCUUUAACUUCUGAGCCUGUUACCAGAGACACAUUUCACGCUUUGUUUGCUUCAAACAAUGGAAGAGCAUCUAUGGAUUAUGAGAAGCUAAAUACAUGGACAUCUGUUUUUAAAAGCAUGUGAAGAUAGUCCUCUAAAAGCUAAAACUCCCCCAGGUUGGAUGUAAGUCACCCUGCAGAGUGGCUUUAUGUCUGGAGUUCAUGCAGCUUACACAGAAGCUGUAAUAAAAGCUCCAUAAAAACUUAUCAGAGUGGAUAGAAUGACUGCUUAUCUUUGUUUGGUUUGUGGCUAUUCAGGUAAAGUCACUUUAUAGGCUAGUUUGAGCUCCAGAAGGGUCAGAGAAAUCAUAACCUGUAAGAUCUACAUGGAUGCAUGUGUGUUUCACUUCAACAACUAUUUCAGUCGUGGGUUGGCGGAGCAGGUCUGACAACAAGUGGUGAAGUUUGAAACAGGAAUGUCAACAUCAUCAGAUCGACCUGUUGUCUUUCUUGAAGAUCAUCAGUUUCCUGAGAUACGCCUGUUGUUGUGAAACGUGUGAGAUGGCAGGGCUCGAUUGCUUAAGUAUUUCAUUGGAGAUUAUCUCCACCACAAGGGUUUUUGCCAGUCUUUGUGGAACUUAUCUUGUAUUUGUAACUGAAGAAACUUAUCGAUUCAUGUGAGGUGUUUUCUAAAUGGUGUGCCUCAGUUCACUCCUCCUUUGAUUCAUCAUCUAAUCUAGUGAUGUAUCGACGAUAUCAUGCUGUUUGGAUUAUCAGACCCAAAUGCAUGCAGUAUUAUUCUAUGCAAAUCUGUAAUAGCAACAAUAAAGCAGAUUAAGCAUAUUUUGAUGAACUAAUCAUUUGAACUGAGGCUGAAACGUUGAUUUGAAUACUAACAGGUACAGAUGUAGCAACACAUUAAUAUGAUCAAUAAAUCCAUUCACUGAUUAACUUUCAAUAUCUGUUUCUAUAAAGUACAAAUAAAGAUCCAAUGUGUCAUCUCUGAAAAUCACAAACCAAGAUAGAGAUCUGUGAUAUUCUUUAUUUUUUACAUAAUACCUUUUAUUAAGAAUGUCUGGAAAAAGUGAGUGGUGGAUUUUGUCAAAUCAUAAUCUUGCUGUCUUUAUAGAAAAUUAAGUCUAUUAAAUAAACCCAUUUGAAGAAUACAUCAUUUCACAUUACACUAAUGUCCAUUGAACAAGUUUUCAUUCAUGUUUGUAUCCUGGUGGAUGUUGGGUUUUUUUCCCUACAUUUAACUUCUACAUAAACAUCAGAGCGAGGCUGGUGUGUUGAUUAAAGGCAGGAGGUAAGGGAACACUGUGUACACAGGCACCUGUGACUGGCUGAUAUUGACAAAGAAGAACAAACCCCAUCUUAAAAUGACUUCAACCUUUCAAUGAAAAUAUUGAUUUUGUCUUAUAGUUAGACAACAUUCUGCUAAAUAUGACCGAGAUGAUCAUAAUGAGGAACAAACUAAGUAUCUGCAUUUUUCUGUAAGGGUAGAAACAAAGAGUAACUCAGUCACAUACAAGAACCCCAGAAGUAUAACAGCUUAAUCUGUACCUUUUCCAUUUGAGCAGUUUUGGUGUGUAAAAUUGCUUGCUGCUCUUGUACCACAACAUUAAGUUGCUUUGGAUAAUGAUAAUGAUUAAUAAGAGAAGAAUGUGUCCAUGAGGCAAGAAGUCAAACAAGUUUUCAGGUUAACAUUCAGAGUGCAGCUUGCAUAGAUGAGUCGCUGAGGAGAUCCUCAACACAUUGAGAAAAAGAAUAGUUUCUGACGAUCAGAGAGCUUAUUGAGAGAACUUUGUCGGAAUUUCAUGAAACAUGUUACCUUUUAGAAAAGGACUUGUGGCUGUAAACCUCUUUUCUUCAGUACAUUUAAUCAAUACUUCCACCGAAGGCCAUUUAGCAUGAACGCAAAUACUGUAUAUCAAUCACAUAAUACCAAAUUUAUCGUUAUUGAUUUGUAUUCAAAUCAAAAUAUAUAUUAAGGGUUUUCUUUCUCUUUCUUUCCCAAAGGUCCUGUGCAUUCCAGUGCUGCUGCCAUGUCGGCAAAAGCCAUCUCAGAGAAGACAGGAAAAGAGUUCUUGUACAAAUACAUCUGCACUUCAGCCGCGGUGCAGAACCGUUUCCGUUAUUGCAAUGUCUCCGCCGAGACUGACUGGGACCGCCUCACACAGGAGCAUCCCUGGCUGCUAACAGAGGUAAAAAAAAAAGCAGAGAUAGACUUGCUGCAAGAACCUCAAGAGAUUUCCACUUGCACGAGUGUCCUGAGAUGGCAGGAGAUUAUUGGAACCAUGAGACUAAUAACAAACUGCACGUCACUGGAAUUGUGUGUGCACAUGAUUGGCAGGGCAUGAUGCAGUUACCAUCAAAGAGUCAUGUGACAAGAUUUACUGAGUGAGUGAAAGAAACUAUGUCCAUGGGUGUCGAGAGGAAAACAUAGAUCAUUAAUUGUUGGCAAACAGUUUUGUGUUUGCCAGAGUUAUCUCUGUUAUGUUACAAGAUGGUUAUGGUUGGAUAUUAGAUACGCUGUGCGUCCAAUUUAGAUCAGUGUUUGUUAGGGUUAGCACUGAAAAAUACCACACACGUCAUGUUUUCAGUUUAUUUUUAACCCGACAUGUAAAUGGCAGGACAAGAGGUGCUCUGGUAUUUACAGUAUGGCAAAAACAAGAAUGAGCCCGCCCUGUCCGAGUAAUUAUUGAGUGAGUAAGUUGACUAAGAUGUGAUAUCUGCAAAUGGGAAGUCUGUCAUGGUAUUCUACUCUAAUUUGGGGACUUCUUUUAGCUGGUUAGUCAUGACUUUUAAACACAUAAAUUGGCGUCAUUUCUAAGUACACUUUCAUAUUGGUUUGACGUAAUUCUUUUAUAACUGGUUUGUCUUCUGCAGCGACUGGUGGUAAAGCCAGAUCAACUAAUCAAGAGGCGCGGGAAGCUCGGGCUGGUGGGAAUAAACCUGGACCUGCAGGGUGUCCAAGAGUGGCUAAAAUCCCGCCUUAUGAAGGAGACCACUGUGAGUUGACUGCAAUGCUUUUUGUCUACUUUAGUAAUAAUGAUAACUUUAUUUUUACAGCACUUUUAAAAACAGAAGUGUACAAAGUGCUUUGAUAAAUAGUCGUAAAGCACAGAACAUCAGCUUGUGGAAAUAAAAACAAAUAAAAAACAAAAGCUCAGUUAAAAACAAGGCCUCUAAAUUGGAGGCCAUUUUUAUUUGUCAUAAGGAACCCAGACAGUACAAGAACCCUACAACAUAAAAUGAGACCAUGAGGACCAAAAUAAAAACAUAAAAUAGGUAAGAAAAAGAAAUGUAAUAAAGAAGGGGGUAGAAAGCAGGAAACAGGAUAGUAAAUAUAAAAAGACGAUAUUAAUAAUGAUAAUAAAAUCAUAACAAGUGAGUAAUAGUGAGUAUUACAACCAAAAAAAUGGUCCUAUUGCCUGUGUGCAAUAUUAUAAAGACAUUAACUUAAAAAAAACAAUUCUUCAUGGUCUAUCUGAAAUGUAGACUUAUCAUGCAUAAACAUAGAUAACAAAUCAGCCCAGCUGUCUAAUCCAACUUUAAAAUCUCACGACUAUCAUGUUUUGUUAUUUAGACAUCUGAAGAGGUUAUGAAUUCUUGCGUAGAAGCUCCAGCUAAUGGAGUUUAAAUGUGUAGAAGGUCGUUGUGACCAGGCCUGCAGCCACGGACAUAUGUUUAGACCCUUCAGGUUAGAGGUUAUGUAAUGCAAGUGGGGGGCAGUCGGUCUAUUCUGGUGCAGCAUUUAAAUAUGCUGCACUUCAAACAGGCUGUUGCCAUACUUAAAGCGGGCUGUGAGUUGGUAUUUCCUCAACGGAUUAUGAUAUGUUUGGUGUUUAAAAAAAGAACAUGCAAAUUUAAAACUCGUAAAAACGAAACAGCAGGAAACCUGAGACUCCACUCUUACCUGGGCUCAACUCAACCAGUACCAACAUGUUCUUCAUCAUGUCUUAUUUUUUCUUCUUGCUUUUUGCAAAAUGAGUCUAUUUCCAUAGUUCUGUUCACUUCUGAAUAUAAAAAACUUAGAUGAACACGUGUCAUUACAUGUAUUUGUUUUUUAAUAGGUGGGGAAGGCAAAGGGCGUGCUGAAGAACUUCCUUGUUGAGCCUUUUGUUCCUCAUACUCAGGUGACGUUUGCACAUUUUGAUGUGUUUCAUUGUGCCAAACCCUGUUAAAACUUUGCGAAGUCAUGUCAUUGAAGUUGUGUAGCCUUUAAUUAGACUGUAAAGGCAGACUGAAAGUCCUGUGCUAACAAAGAAAACAGAGGUUCAGCCCAUUCAGCGAGGCAAUGAAUCAUCCAGGCAAGCACAUCAAAGUGAACAUGUGUGUUUUGUCUUCUUGCCAGUGCUUACAUGGCUUAGUUCAUCUCAGUAUUGGUAGUGUUGCAGUGUCUAUGUUAAGUUGAAAUAGGAAACCGUCGCUGACACUGCAGUCCAGGCGUUUGAAAAGUUAGUCUGCACUUUCUGCUGUUAGCAAACUAAAUCUGUGAUAACAUGCCUGUGCGUAAUACUCUUUCUCAUAUCCCUCCACUGGCUAACCCAGGAGGAGGAGUUUUAUGUGUGUAUUUAUGCAACCCGUGAAGGCGACCAUGUGCUCUUCCACCAUGAGGGAGGGGUGGAGGUGGGGGAUGUGGAUGCCAAGGCGCAGAAGCUGAUGGUCGCAGUGGAUGACAAGCUGAGCGAGGACCAGGUCACAGAGCAGCUUCUCACAAAUGUUUCUGAUGAUAGGAAAGAGUACGGACACAACCUUUUUUUCAUUCUUUUAUUCCAUUUUAUUCAUGAAAAAAUUACUUUACAAGUCUUUAGUUGUGCUGUUUUUGUUAAAUGUUCUUGAAAGGAGUCAGUGUGGUCAUCCUUCUUUGGCUGACCUUGCGUAGUGUGUUUGAGUUAGCUCCAAAUUAUUCAAAUGCCAUUCCCCAUGAGCAAAGAACAUGCUGGUCUCAUUUAUACUGUGUAACUUAGAUUCAGAGACGAGUUUCCCACAACCUCCUCCCAUGGAAUCUAAGUUUUAUCAACUGUGGUUCAUGACGUUGUUGUCCUGUGGUUUCAGCAAACACCACUUUGCCUCAUCUUCUGGCAACAAUGAUCUUAAGAUUUAGGCUCUUUUUCUUUUCUUGCAUAAAUGAUUUUGGUUCCUCCCAACCCAUAGCAGUGAAAAAACAAGAAGAAGAAAAAGAAAAAACUUUAAAAAUUCAAUAAUAUUAGACUUGUGAUGACAUUUUUGAUAUGUCGAUCUCAUUCUACUUUCUGGUUGUUGCGUUUUUCUCUUCUUGCAGAGUCCUGGCCAGUUUUAUAGUCGGCCUCUUCAAUUUAUAUGAGGACCUCUACUUCACCUACCUCGAGAUCAACCCUCUUGGUAUUUUUCUUUCUUUUCUUGACAUGCACCAUAUAUAUAUGCAUAUGCUUAUUGUGAUGCUCACUGUAUGCAAAUUAAUGAUUAUCUUUAACUCUAAGUAAAGGAAAAUCAAAGCUUUCUUAUCGCUCUUUGCAUCUUAAUAAGUGCGUAAUCAAUUCAAGAUCAUCAAUCAAGUUCUCAGCCAGGAAUUGUUAUUAUCAGGGGAAACAAGUCGCACAUUUUUAGAGAUUAAUAAAUUAUUGUGUUAACCUGUGAUAAAUGCUGAAGAGGAAAACGUCUAAAUUAUAGAUUAAAAUACACUUUGUCUCACUUUGCCAGUUGUCACACAAGAUGGAGUGUACGUCAUCGACAUGGCAGCUAAAAUUGAUGCCACAGCAGAUUAUAUCUGCAAGGCCAAAUGGGGGGAUGUGGAGUUCCCACCACCCUUUGGCAGAGAAGCAUAUCCAGAGGUGAGUCCUCAUGAAAUAUGUAACAGGAUUAAAGAUUUAACAGGAUAAGUUCAUCAUGAUUCACGUCAUCCAGUUUUGUAGAUUGUUGAACUGAAGAGAUCUCACAUCGUUUGACGUUUACACCCUCAGCCCAUCUCACGCCUUCAGUAACCAGAUUGUUCUUUGUCUUUUGCAGGAGGCAUACAUUGCUGAUCUGGAUGCAAAGAGCGGCGCCAGUCUUAAACUGACUUUACUGAACCCUCGAGGACGGAUCUGGACCAUGGUGGCCGGAGGAGGGGCUUCAGUGGUCUACAGGUACCCCAUUGACUUUAAAUCUGAACACUGUCUGAAUACUAAACCUUCUCAGCCAACAGAAGCUACUCAAAGUAGAGCAGUGGUUCUCCAACACACCUGAUUCAAAUGAUCAGCUCGUUAUGAGGCCAUUCCAGAGCUUGAUAACGAGCUGAUCAUUUGAAUCAGGUGUGUUGGAGCAGGGAAACAUCCAAAACAUGCAGGACUGGGGGGCUCGAGGACUGGACUUGAGAACCACUGAAGUAGAGGAAAUCUACAGUAUAGUAAUAAAGUCCAGAUAGAGAACUUAACCAUGGAUCUGCCCUCUUCCUCAGUGACACUAUUUGUGACCUGGGUGGUGUGGAUGAAUUGGCUAACUAUGGCGAGUACUCUGGAGCGCCCAGUGAACAGCAGACAUACGACUACGCUAAAACCAUCCUCUCACUCAUGACACGGGAGAAACAUCCACAAGGUAGGUAAAGUCAACAACUGCAUUAGUAAGUCAGUGAGUUCCUCCGCUGGGUAGUAAAAGUAGGUCAAAGGGAAAAGUGAGAAGAGUAACCUGACGAGCGUCUGAUCGACAAUCCUGUUCCUGUUAUGUAAAUGAGACAACUUUAUCUUGCUAAGUCUGCUCAAUUAUUUAAUUCCACAUCAGCUCUGUCUUUAGUCAGGAGGUCUCUGUUAGUUUGAUCCACAGUCCAACUGCUCGCUGCUUGAAUGUCGCCAGUUAUAGUUUGUAGUUGUCACCAGAUUGUGUUCCUGGAGUGUCAAGUUUCAGUCUUUCUUAAAUCACCUCCUCUGUCUCCUACAGGGAAGGUACUGAUCAUCGGAGGAAGCAUUGCCAACUUCACCAAUGUAGCAGCCACAUUUAAGGUGAACAGAUUCAUUUAUUCACCAGAAACAGUCCAAUACAUCAAUUUAGGAAUUCAUAGUGUUGUUAAAAUGCAUAUUAUCCAUAUUAUCUAUAGAUUAAGAACCCUUUUGCUUUCAUUGUAAUGUUUUGGGUUAUGUAGUUAACAGUUCAAAGCUUUAUUAUAGCAGAAACAUUUUUGGCAUUUUAAUAUCUUUAGUUAAAUAUAAGAUAACUUUGGUUUCUAGCCAAGUGUCUGCAGCAAACCUUGGUACCUACCGGAGCAAUUUUCUGUGUUUCUUUGGUUUAAUAAGCAGUUUUAUUUAAAGCAACACCAGUGUUUCCUGCGUCUCUCGACCGCUCUUACUGCCAGACACACCUGUGGAGAAGACUCCACAGUCUCUGAAUUAAAUAGCCGACUCGUGUCUGUCUCUUCUCAGGGCAUUGUAAGGGCUAUCAAAGACUACCAAGGCCCCCUGAAGGAGCACGAAGUCACCAUCUUUGUUCGACGUGGAGGGCCCAACUACCAGGAAGGGCUGAGGGUGAUGGGAGAAGUUGGUGAGUGAGUCCAUAGGGAAAGACUCAAUCAUAGAAAUGGGGAAUAAUAUAAUUUGAAAACAGGGAUGACGUUUUCUAAUGUGUUUAUAUGAGAGCACGGAACCAGUCAAGCUGGUGGAAAGUUGAAUAAUGCUGCUUUUGAAAUCUGUUCCUGUGUCUGCAGGGAAGACCACAGGUAUCCCCAUCCACGUUUUUGGUACUGAGACUCAUAUGACAGCUAUUGUCGGGAUGGCACUGGGCCACCGACCGAUACCGAACCAGCCCCCGAUGGAUGCUCAUACAGCCAACUUCCUCCUCAAUGCCGGCAACAGUGCAGCGGUACUUCCAUUUACUAAAACAUUCAUGAAAGGAUUUGUGUACUGUACAGGCACCCUGACACUCUUUUAAACACAGAACAGAUUCUGGAUAGUCUGUGAAGGGCACCUUUUUCUCCAGUGUUUGAACCUAAGACUGUUCCGUAGUCGAGUCCUUCUAGCUUGCUAAAGCAUUAGGGUUGACGUGCUCAAAUGCACCUUUUAUUCUCAGUUAAGUAAGGGUGUUGAGUACACUUGAGUCAAGCUUGUUCAAACACUCUUUGGACUUUGUAACUUCCUUGAGUAUCUCCUAUUAUAAAGCUGUAAAUAAAGUUUCUGUUUAUGUAGCUCAUGUGCUCUAACUUAUGGUCUCCAUCUUUUGAUAUGGAGGACAUCAGACGGCAUGGAAUGAUUUCCUUUAAUUGCCCUCUAAAGUAAAACCAAAACUUGGUGCACAACUUCCUUAUGGUAGCUUAUCUCUGUUUGAUGAAUCAUUGAAAAAACUUGCUAUAAACUAACUAAAUUUUUUAUUUCCUGACCAGACUCCAGCUGCAACAAGGACUGCUUCCUUCUCUGAGCCCAGGACAUUUAAUGAUGCCACUCCAGCCAAAAAGUGUAAAGGAGGUCUUCCAGCAGGUAACUAACUCUCUAGCACUUCUCUCUGCUCUGCUUCUUGUAAGCAAGACUCCAUUUGUGCUCAUACACUUCUGCUUUUUUCAUUCCUCCUCUCCCUGCGUACUUUACUCCUCUCACCCUCCCUGCAAAUGCAACUGCUGUUUUGCAUUUUAAUUUAUGAUCUGUCUCUCCUGUUCCUCCUCCUCCUCUUGUCGUUUGUUGCACAAACUGUCCACUCACCCUCGUCUUUUUCCACGCUUGUCUCUCUAAGACUCUCUCCAUUCUAUACUGUGGCCUCUGAAGAAUGUGGUCACAGCCGAUUGGAAGGGUAAGUUACAGGUGUGCCAUGCCCACUUCUGCGGUCAGCUUCCCCACACACUUCACAAACUGUUUGCCCCUUUUCUCUUCUGUCCUCUCAUCCUCCUCCUGAUGUUGGUGGAAAUGUGUCUGUGUUUGACAACUGACACCUCAGUGCCUAAGUAGUCCAGUGGGUACAGUUAAUUCUUCAGCAGUUAGAUUUAUAGUCAUUGGAAUUACAAUGUUGAAUUAAUUGUAAAAGAAUUAAUAUAAUACUUUGACUUAUAAAUGAAGGGAUUUAGAUGAGAUCUGUUUGUUAGUGGUGUGUUUUUGUAGGUUUAGUUUUGAUUGUAGAGGUCAUGUUAAAUAGCUUUCAACUAUUCUAAGUCUGAACUUUAAAACUGCUCUUCACAGCAGCUCCGUAAAGGCAUGAUCUGUAGCAGCUGAGCUUUGCAUGGGCUUUCUUCUGGUGUGCGUUUUAAAGAGUGGUUUAUGAAAUCAUUGCAUUGAAAUCUGUGUAUAUGAACGAGAUAAAGAUGCACUCAUUCUUUUCUCCUUUUCUUUUUGGUGCUCAUUUUGUCGUAUUUUGUGUUCCCGUCUCCAUGGGUCACAGAAGCACAAGCCUCUUCAGGCUGCAGCGGAGGUAUGGAAGGGUGUGAAAAUCCUGUCUUCCUGCCCUCUCCGCCCUCUGUCCAUGCCCACCUGCUUCUCCAUUUUUGUCUGUUUGUUGACGCUUUUUCUAAUGCUUGUUCCACUUUUACUUUUCUGAGGUGGAGUACUCACCUAAAUAUAGAUGUUUUAGAUCUCCACGUGGAUUUAUUAAGCGAUCAGCAUUAGUGUAUUUUUGUCAGGUACAAUUUCUAAUCUUCUUAGAGUCCCUUUCUGCAAGUCUUAACAAACGGAGGAACCAAUCAAAUCAUUUGGGUUAUCAGUAUAUUAGGGGUGGGAGAAAAAAAUCGAUUCACGAAAAGUAUCGCGAUAUUUUUGUUUUCUAAUUUUUAAAUCGAUUUUUAUGUUCAAAAAUCUUUUUUUUUUUUUUGUUUUUUUUUUUUUUUUUUUUAAAUUUAAGAGUAAAUCUAAAAAACUGACUUACAUGUGAUGUGUAUAUUUUGGGGAAGUGUGGUUCCUGGAAUUAAAAAUGCAGAUUAAAGGUCCUUUCACACUGGGACCGUUUUUUUUAUUGUGCGAUUAUUUCGGACGUCAGUAUUUUUUUUCGAACUCAUAUUCUGUCAAUACAAGCGUUCUUAUCAGCGACGUUUUCCCGUCCUGCGAUAUUGCGGCAUUUAUUUUUUGGAUCAUGGUCAAUUUUUCUAAAGUUUCGCAUUCCGUGUGUCCACUUCUGACCAAUCAGAUUGCGUGUUGUUGCAACGUCUGAUUCACCGGUAUAUCCAACAUGGCCGACCGGCUGAUUGUUUACGUGUCGGAGAACAGAGUGCUUUUUGAUAAAAGACACAAAGAUAACAACCUGAAGUACAACUUAUGGAGAGUCAUAGCGUCGGAUUUCUCAUAUGACGAUGUUUUGUGUGCUUUAACAGUUUGCUAAACGUCUUUGUUUGAACUUUUAUCUGUGCUAACGUAAGCUAACGGUUGAUACCAUAGUUUCAUGUGCUUAUCUUAUUGCCUCUGAUUGGCUAGAAGUGCUGACCGUUUGGCUUAAGCGUGUGAUGACGUUUCCAGCUUUUCUAGCCAAUCAGAGGCGAAGGAGGCGGGACUUUCCCCGGGAAAAGUCUUCCCCGGGAUGCGUCUUUUUCCCCCUGGAAAGUGGCAAAAUCGCAUUGGGCAUGAUGUGUAUAGUCAGGCGCGUGAAAAUUCUCCGAAUAUUUUAUAACUUCGCGUUCUAUAUUUGCGUCGGCCCCGGUGUGUAAGGACCUUUUAAAGAUCGAGAAAAUUGACAAUAUCGUAGAAUUACAAUUUAAAUUGAAUCGGCAUCCAAAAAAUCGUAGAAGAAUCGAAUCGGGAGAAAAGCAUAUUGUCCCAGCCCUACAGUCUAUAGUGUUGGUAAUCAUAACAACACAGAUCAAAAGAUUGACCUUCAUUUCACAUGUUUGUACUUGCAUUCUUAAUCUGUUUUCGAUGAUUUUACCUGUUGAAACCUGCAGAAACCCUUUAAAAUAUCACCUGUAACGAUCAGCCAUCUGUUCAAGAGGCACACUGAUGUUGAGCUCACUUUUCCUUACAUCAGAUCAGAGAAUAAAGAAGGCAGUGAUUCUGGACAGAGAGGAGAAUUUUGGAAAGACUGGAACAAAUGUGUGGCGAGAUUGUGGUUUAUUAAACAAACAAACAAUGCAGUAACUCACACAAACUUACAUGACAGACCAGAUUUCUAACAGAAAACUCUUAUAAUCAGGCGCUCAGAAUGUUUUUUUUUUUUUCUCCCCCUCGGUAGGAUUUGGGUGCUGCUUUGUGUUAAUCAAAUUACUGGGAGACAGCUGUGUAAUCAGCACUCAGUGGUUGUGUGUUUUGAGUUAAGCUUGUGUGGCAUUUCUACUUUGUGAUGGGCAAAAAAAACUAUUACAAAAAGGUUGAAGAAAAGCUUCUCAGAAUCCCCUUUGAACUCCUUUAAAUGUGUCUUAAAGGGUUAAUUAUGUGAUCCCACAUGAAUAUGAAGGUGGUUUGGAAGAGCUGUACUGACAGAUGACCUUCUAACACAACUUAAAGUUCUUUGUCACAUGAGAAAGAAAAAGCCUUUAUAAUCUAGCUUCAGAAAGUGUAACUCUUUUCCUGCACUGUCCGCUAAUAAUGCCAUCAGGACACCCCAAAUUAACCAUUUUUAACAGUGUGGCUUGGAGGUGGAAAAUUUAACAGAGUUUGAAUGAAAUAACAUCAUUAAUAAGCUGUGAAACAAGCGUGUCGAGGCCUGAUUAUUAAAAACAACAAACAAAACGAGUAAAAAUGUCAAGAGGGAAGUAUGUGAUUUUUCUGAUUUGAGCAAACUUCAGAGGCAUAUGAAAACCUCCCUCUUGUUUCAGCGUUUGCAGCUCGGUUUUGUGUUAAUUCUGAGGAGUUAUUGACUCCCCCCUCCAGUGCUUGUGUCCUCACAGUGAGGUCUCUAUGCUCUCUUUGUUAUCAUCCUCAUUCCUGCUCUUUUCCUGAACCUGACCUCCCUCACUGGCCUGUGAUUAUUUUUGUUCCAGCGUUCAGCCCUGACUCCUCUCUCUGUUCCCCUCUUGUUAUUGCAGCCAAAGCCACCAUGCUCUUCAGAAAACACACCAAGGCCAUGGUGUGGGGCAUGCAGACACGCGCCGUGCAGGGCAUGCUGGACUUUGACUACGUUUGCUCUCGAGAGGAACCCUCAGUGGCAGCCAUGGUCUACCCCUUCACGUAGGUCCCACAGCAUCCAUAGUUUGACUGGAAAAUCUUUAGACUCUAGUGUUUAAAGACAUCUUUUGAGUCCAAGAACAGAGUUUUGAUGCAGAUUAUGUUCAUUAAGAUGAAAUGAACACUAUUAGAUUAACACUAGUACAGUUGUAGUGUUUUUCAUGACCAUUGGCAGUGAUUUUUUCUUCAUUGGUUGUGUUCACCUUAAAUUUCCAGCUUCUUAAUUAAAAAAGGAAACUUUACAAUGUGCUUUAAUCUGAUUCAAAACACAAGAUCUUAAAACUAGACUUGUAGUUGACAUUAUUUCAUUAUCCUGCUCUUUUAUAAAUCAAAGAAUUUUACUCAUGAAAUGUAUCAUCAGUCAUGUCAGAUUCACAAAUUUUCAAACCUGAUUGUGAAAAGGUAAAAAAAAAAAAAACACAUACGAUCUAUGAAUAAACAUUUUACUCUUCUAUCUAUUUAUCUCUGUGCUGCUCAGUGGGGAUCAUAAGCAGAAGUUCUACUGGGGCCACAAGGAGAUCCUGGUGCCGGUCUAUAAGAACAUGGCUGACGCUACAAAGAAGCACCCAGAGGUGGACGUCCUGAUCAGCUUUGCGUCACUGCGGUCAGCCUUCGACAGCACAAUGGAGGCCAUGCAGUAUGCACAGGUACAAAGACAGAAUCUAGAGUUUAGUUUCCAUGUGUAUCGCUGCAGUCUUCAAGUUCAGCUUCAAACUCUGUCGUAACUUUCAGAUCCACACCAUCGCCAUCAUAGCUGAGGGCAUCCCUGAAGCUCAGACAAGGAAGAUGAUCAAGAUGGCUGAUGAGAGAGGCGUUACUAUCAUCGGCCCUGCUACGGUAUGCAGCCAUGUUUUAUAGACUUGUAAUUAAAGGCAGUCUUUUAUACUUGGACGUUUGUGUGAAACCUGUUCUCUUCUGGCCUCCAGGUCGGUGGCAUUAAGCCAGGCUGUUUUAAGAUCGGUAACACAGGUGGCAUGCUCGACAACAUCUUGGCUUCUAAACUUUAUCGUCCUGGUAGUGUGGCAUAUGUCUCACGCUCCGGAGGCAUGUCUAAUGAGCUGAACAACAUCAUCUCCCGCACCACAGAUGGUGUGUAUGAAGGGGUGGCUAUCGGAGGAGACAGGUGUGUGCAUCAGUUUAUCUGCAAAUUAUUUCUAUUGGUUCACCAUACAGUUGUUGCACUAAAGCAUUUAGUUAGCUGUGUAUUUAUCACUCUUUUUACAAAAUAUGCUGUGUGUGUUUGUGUUUUGUCCUCUUUGUCCAGAUAUCCUGGCUCCACCUUCAUGGACCACGUCCUCCGGUAUCAGGACACUCCAGGGAUCCAGAUGAUUGUGGUGCUAGGAGAGGUGGGAGUUGAACAAACUUAAUCUUUUUUUAACAUGGUGUAUUUUGGUUAUGUUUUAGGUAUUUUGUGUAUGUAGUAAAUUCAUCAUCUCACUACUGUAUAUUUCUUCUACUCUGAUGCUACAGAUUGGAGGCACAGAAGAAUACAAGAUCUGCCAAGGUAUCAGAGAGGGUAGGAUAACCAAGCCUGUGGUGUGCUGGUGUAUUGGAACCUGUGCCACCAUGUUCGCUUCAGAGGUUGGUCAGCUCUCACUUGGAAUUUUAUUUUGUUUUCACCCACUUUUCGUUCACUUUUAACUCAAUCUUAAAUUCUGCCAUCUUCAGGUUCAGUUUGGUCAUGCAGGGGCCUGUGCAAACCAGGCCUCAGAGACAGCAGUGGCCAAGAACCAGGCCCUGAGAGACGCCGGAGCUUAUGUACCAAAGAGCUUCGACGAGCUUGGAGACGUCAUCAAGUGAGGCAUUCACCACAAGAACAUAUCACAUUAUUACCAGAUUGGACUGUUUAUAAGUUUUGUCUUUAAAUGCUGUGUAUAUAUGUUGAAACAGGACAGUUUAUGAUGAACUGGUGGCCAACGGGACCAUCACUCCUGCCCAGGAGGUGCCUCCACCUACAGUACCUAUGGAUUACUCUUGGGCCAGGGUAAGAACCCACAUCCUUCAUCCUUAGUGAACCCAAAAGCUACCUAAUGUUAUUGUUGUCUUAACCUUUUAGAAAAGUGAUAUUUGUUCAGUCUUGCAUAGCAGUAACAUUUGUAGGAGUUUGUAUUUUAAGUGUUUUCUUCAUUAAAAAAAUUUAACAAGCAGUAAGUCAAGGGAUGCUGGAUUUUGAAGAACUAGCCAGUACAGAAAAUCAUUUUUUUAUUUUAUUUAUUUACAUAAUUUUUUUCGAACAUGUGCAUGCAACACAAGAAAGUAAACUGACAACAAACAAUCAGAACCAAUGAGAAUAUUCAAAAUAACAAUAGUCAAAGCAAAAAAAUUAUAAGACGAAAAAAAUACUAAUAAUUUAGAUCACUGAUCAAGAUUUUUAGGGUUUACAUAUUGUACAAACAUUAAUAAAGACGCCUCAACUUGCUUGUUUAAUAACUUUGGUAUGAAAUGUGUAGGACAGAUUCAGGAAACAAAGAGUGUCGGCGCCCUCUGCUGGACAAAGUUUGUAAUGGCACCCUUGAGUCCUUUAGUGGAUUUGUAUUUUCAUGUAUUUUCUCUUUGACUGUUUUUCCUGCAGGAGUUGGGCCUGAUUCGUAAACCAGCUUCAUUCAUGACCAGCAUCUGUGACGAGCGAGGGCAGGAGCUCAUCUAUGCCGGCAUGCCCAUCACUGAGGUGUUCAAAGAGGAGAUGGGUUUAGGAGGAGUGCUGGGCUUGCUUUGGUUCCAGCGCAGGUUAGUGUCACAACUGAACAAGUAUCGUUUGAUUCCCUUCACGACCAGUCUAUUAAAAGUGAAAUAUGUUGUGUUUCUGUCAGGCUGCCACGCUAUGCUUGUCAGUUCAUUGAGAUGUGUCUGAUGGUGACAGCUGACCACGGCCCUGCAGUGUCCGGUGCUCACAACACUAUUGUCUGCGCUCGAGCUGGAAAGGACCUCAUUUCCAGCCUCACCUCUGGCCUGCUUACAAUUGUUAGUACCGCUCACACACAAACACUCACAUGCAGCAAAAGUAAACACCAGCCUGAUCUAGAAAAAUUGACCUCUGGUUGUAGUUUAAAGCCAAAAUCUGCAGUUAGUUGAAACUGACUUUUUUAAUGACUUGUUUUAUAUUUGAAGGGGGAUCGUUUCGGAGGUGCCCUGGAUGCUGCUGCUAAACAAUUCAGUAAAGCCUUUGACAGCGGCAUGCUGCCCAUGGAGUUCGUCAACAAGAUGAAGAAGGACGGCAAGCUUAUCAUGGGCAUUGGACACAGAGUCAAAUCUGUAGGUGGCACUUUCUUUCACACUGAUAUUUACCUACAGUUUAUCCCUAUACCUAUCUAGAAGUGCCAUGCAAAUAACCCUUUACUAUAUUUCUUACUUGGUUCAAAACGAAAAUAAACAAAAGAUGAGAUUAUGAGAUUGUUACACAUUUUAAGAUUCAAAGUCAGAACAUUUGACAUAGUUUGUCUCUAUUUUCAGGUCAAUAACCCAGACAUGAGGGUGCAGAUUCUGAAGGACUUUGUGAAACAGCACUUCUCCGCCACACAGCUCCUUGACUACGCUCUAGAUGUAGAAAAGAUCACCACCUCUAAGGUAACUAUCCCCUGAAUCUGCAAGAGAACAAAAUACACCAAAACCAGGAUCAAAUCAACCCACUGUUUCACUGAUAAAAUCCAACCAUUUCAGUGUGAUAUCUCUGCACACCAUGCCGACCUUUUUCUAGUGACUGAUGUUUGAGAGUUUAAUGUUUUUGUCUCAUUUUUAGAAACCCAAUCUGAUUCUAAAUGUUGACGGUUUUAUCGGUGUUGCCUUUGUGGACCUGCUCAGGACGUGUGGAGGCUUCACACGGUAAGGAUACCAAAAUGCUGCGUAAAACAGUUCCUAACUCCAGCAAGAGUUUUAUUUUAUACUUUUCCUGAUUGUUUAUGUCCAUUUAAUUCAGUUUGAUUCUGCUGUUACAAGAUUUUCCUUCAGAAAAUAAACAUUGUAAGGUUAAGGUUUUCUAAAGGGACACAACCAUUGUUAAUACAGAAGAAUAGUCACACCAGUGUUUGAUAAUUAUGAGACAGGCAAACCCAGUUCCACUUUUUAAUUUAAUAACACUUGCGCCACUCCCUUCCACUGGUCACAUGUCUUAACUAGUCUUUAAUUACUGGUUAAUAAUCUAUUUUCAGCUCACUGCAGUGUUUCAGUGGAUUAUAAAUCCUCUAUGAAAGUAUGAACAAACUAUCAUUCAUAGAUGAGAUGCCAGAUGAGACUGUGCUGCUCCUUUCUGUGUUGAUGGCACACUGCUCAGUAUUGUUUUUCACAUCAAUGUUAAACUGUUUCCAGAGACGAGGCGGACGAGUUUGUGGAGAUCGGAGCGUUAAAUGGGAUCUUUGUGCUCGGUCGUAGCAUGGGCUUCAUUGGUGAGUUGCAGUCACAUGACACCGCCAUGACACUUGCUCUUAGACUAGUCAGAGCUUUAACUUGUAUCUGUCCCUCAUCAGGACAUUACCUGGACCAGAAGAGGCUGAAACAGGGUUUGUACCGCCACCCAUGGGAUGACAUCUCCUACGUGCUCCCUGAACACAUGUCCAUGUAAUCUCCACGUCAAAGAAUGAUACACACUUCAUAAUGUGACUUCCCACUUGGGUCGGGCAGCAUUUACACAUCUCACCAAGCUUAAAUCCAGUUGACACUUUAGAGGUAAAACAACAGCUGCCUUGAUUAGUUUAAGAUGAUUAUGGAAAGUGAAGGUACUGUCUGACUGAGGGAUCUCGGUAGAAGUUUUCGAUCUAGUUCUUACGGAUUAAAAAGGGGAAGUUUAUUUCAGAUAUUGUUAUGUCAAAUUAUUUAAAGUCCAAGGUGUUACUUAAAUGAAGAACCAAACCAAUGCAAAAGCUACAGCAGCUAUGGAAGCACAACAUCGAACUCUACUUAAGAAAAACUGCACUAAAGUCUGUUUCUCAUUGCUGGUUACGAGUUCAGGAUUGAAGUCACUCCUGCAAUAGAACCCAAUUAUUUAUACCCCCACUGAAGGGAAAUGUGUCCGAGCUUAGCAAUAGAGUAACGUCUUUUUUAUACUACUUAAAACCGUUAACAAAAGUUGAGUGAUUUAUUUUCAUCUGCCUGUUUCACACCCCAAGAAAUGACUUUUAUGACUUUGAGUAUUGCACCUUAGGUAAACACUAGAUAUAUCUGUUAAAUUGUCUAUGUUCUCACUCCCACUCAAGAAAAAACUGUCUUUGUCAGCACAUAAUAAACCAAAGUAAUUUUUAGGUGUACGUUGUCUUAGUUUAAAAAUAAAAAAGGGUCCAGUGGUUGUUUUACAGAGCUUAUCUAGAUCUUAAUGUUUUGAAAAGGAAGAACAAAAAUGGGCAGGAGGAAUUCAGCGAACACGUGAUAAUGAGAGUGUUAUUCCACCAUUGCCUUUCUUUGAACUAGUUGCUGGAAGUCUUCAGUUACUGUAUAUCAAUGCAGUUAGUGCGUGUUCAAGUCUCUUCACACACUAAUAAUGAUGGGAAUUACUUCUGUUGGUUUUCUGAAUAACUGUUAAAUUUGAUGCAUCAAAAAGAGAGGGGGAAAAAUGCUUCAUGAAUAAACCCAGUGAGUCUUUGAAAGCAUCAUUUGGUGAGGGGCCAUGAAAGCAGCUUGCUUUUCCGAGGGGAAUGAUUAUCUUAUAUGACGGUAUGAUAGAUGUCUACUCUGUAGGACAAAUAAGACUUGAUGCCACAACUCGAAAAACACUUCGUAACGGCUUACUGUACGGCCUGCUAUUGUUGUUUUCCAUCUUUUUUGCUGUUUUUAUUUAAAUGUGAAAAAAUGCUUUUGUCUUUUGUAAUAUGCUGUCAUAAUGUAGUAUAUUAAUAAAUAACAUAGUUUUACUUCUCA